UCGGGGGCGGGGGGGGGAGGGCCCUGCCCGCCGCAGCAGGCAGCCCCGCGCAGUGCGCCGGGUGGCGAGGCCCGGCCCAGCCCGGCCCGGCCGCCGCCAUGUGGUGCAGCGGGAACCCCGCCGGGGGGGCGGCCGCAGCCGCGGCCGUGACGCUUGUCCUCAGCAGCACCCGGGACUGCUUCCUGCGCCUGCCGCCCGCGUUGGCCUCGCAGCUCCGCCUGCAGCAGGGCCAGGCUGUGAAAAUAUCAUGCGGUCAUCAGCCUAUAUUUUUGAGCUGGAUGGAAAUGAGGCAUCGAGGUCACCAGAGUGAAAAUACUGCAGAGAUUAACAGACAUUUAGCGGAGAAACUUGGUAUUGCAGCUGGAGAUCAGGUAUUCCUUGAACCCUGUUCCCACGUCUCCUCCUGUCAGCAAGUAGAAGUGGAACCACUCACAGCAGAUGAUUGGGAAAUACUGGAACUGCACGCUUCCUCUCUUGAAAGACAUCUACUUGACCAAAUCCGAAUAGUAUUUCCAAAAGCCAUCUUUCCUAUAUGGGUUGAACAGCACACCCACAUUUACGUCAAAAUUGGUACGCUUAUGCCAGCAGCCCCGUAUGGGAGAUUAGAACCAUUCACGGAACUUCUGAUUCGCCCCAAAACACGUGAACUUGAAGAAAACAUCACCAGCAUGCCUUUCACGGAAAGUGACGUCUUGCUCAAAACCUUUGUGAAAAAUAACAUGGAACAAGAAGAAACAGUAAAGGAGCCUUUAAUCAACCAACCUCACUUAAAUCCAGGAGUCCCUGAACAGAGUAAGGCCGAUGCAAAUGUGACAUUUGGCUCAAAUGUUCUCCCAGAUAUGUGGAAUUACAUAGGGAGCAUUUUCUCUCGUACACCUGAGCAGAAACAAAAGACUUUGUGUGAUAAAGGUGAAAUGGGCACCUUCAAAGACAAGCUGCUGAACUUAAUUCACAUGGAUUCCAUUUUUAGAGUAUGUCAGUCCCAGCCUCCCAGCGUACAGAAUGCAUCAGCCACUCAUGCAUUUCUGAAAUACAAUGCCAUUCAUAUUUUUCCAUGGAAUUUAGAAUUUAUUGAUUUGGAGCCAAAUGCUGUAGUAUCUUAUGGGAAAAUUAAUGAGCUGCUUUCCCCAAGACAGCGUCAUCAAGAAGCAAAGCAAAAUCUGCCAGUUGAAAAGCAAAAACAUUUGACUAGUACGCAAGACAAAAACAAUUCCAAUUCUAAUAGCAGCCAAGCAUCCACUGAGGGAUCUGUUGUGCAGAUCGUUUGGAACGGAUUUGAAGACCUAAAGAGUAUCAUAGAGUAUGGCAACAGUGGGGAAACCCUACAUGUUGGAAGAGUUUGGAUUCCAGAUGCACUGAGAAAAAAGCUACGUAUCGAUAUACAUUCAGCAGUCCGAAUUAAGUCAGUUGAAUCUGUUCCUAAAAUUCCUGUAUCUCUUAGGCUGCAACCCAGACAGAACUUACAUAAAGAUAUACACGAAGAUGAUGUUAAAUCUGCUUUCAGUUCUUGGCUGCAGGAUUCUGCUACUGAUGAUCUUCCCUGGAUAAUGACAAGCACGGACUCUAUACAUCUGCAUGUUAAAGAUGGAAUGGAGGAGUUUGCCCUUAGUAUAGUGCAUCCUACACACAUGGAAGAAAAUAAGUCUGAGAAUAUUUUUAUGCUGAGUCCCAGUUUGCUGCAAAAGACUAAUAUACAAGUUCUUUUACAUCCUCUGACUAGGAAAGCUGAUGAUGACAGCCAGCCACCUAUGCGCGAUACAGACAGGAGACUUCCGUACCACAAACUAGACCAUUUAGGAGGAGUGGACAAAUUAGGAACAUCUUCAUUUGAACACAUAAGCCACAGUCUUUUGGGUCGUCCUUUAUCUCAAAAACUGGCUGGUAUUGCUGUGGGACUGCGAAGUGGAGGGGUGCUUCUCACAGGAGGAAAGGGAAGUGGAAAGUCAACACUAGCGAAGGCCAUCUGCAAAGAAGCAUUUGAUAGACUGGAUGCUCAUGUAGAAGUAAUUGACUGCAAAGCUUUAAGAGGAAAAAGAUUAGGAAAUAUAAGGAAAAAUGUGGAAGAAGCUUUUUUAGAAGCAUCAUGGAGACAACCAUCCAUCCUUUUAAUGGAUGAUCUUGAUCAGAUUGUUGGAGUACCUUCCACACCAGAGCAUGAGAACAGCCCUGAAACGAUUCAAAGCAAUAGACUUGCUUAUGUUUUGAAAGAUCUGAUAAAAGAAGUUAUUUCCAUGGGGAGUUUGAUUGCAUUCAUUGCUACAAGUCAGUCUGAACAUGCCCUACAUCCUUCCCUGGUUUCAGCUCAAGGCACGCAUAUAUUUCAGUGCUUCCAAUGUAUCCAGUCUCCAGAUCAGAAGCAAAGAUAUGAAAUGCUGUGUUCCGUAAUAAAAAAUAAACUGAAUUCUGAUAUCAAGAAGUUCUCAGAUCUUGACCUCCAAUAUGUUGCAAAGGAAACAGAAGGUUUUGUUGCUAGAGAUUUUACUGUGCUGGUUGACCGUGCCAUUCAUGCCUGUAUUUCUAACCGGAAUGCAUUUCCAAAUGAUGCAGAAGUGAAUCUCUCAACUGUGGAUUUUCAGAAAGCUUUAAAAGAUUUUACUCCAUUAGCUCUAAGAAAUGUCAACCUUCAUAAGCCUAAAGACAUUGGCUGGGACAGGAUUGGUGGCUUAAAAGAUGUGAAGCAAAUACUUGUGGAUACCAUCAUGUUACCUGCAAAGUAUCCAGAAUUAUUUGCAAACCUGCCCAUACGACAGAGAUCAGGAGUCUUGCUAUAUGGAGCACCUGGAACAGGAAAAACAUUGUUAGCAGGAGUAGUUGCUCGAGAGAGUGGAAUGAAUUUCAUAAGUGUCAAGGGACCAGAGCUACUCAGCAAAUACAUUGGAGCAAGUGAGCAAGCAGUUCGAGAUAUUUUUAACAGAGCUCAAGCAGCCAAGCCUUGCAUUGUUUUCUUCGAUGAGUUUGAUUCUAUUGCUCCUCGCCGAGGUCAUGACAACACUGGAGUUACAGACCGGGUGGUUAACCAACUGUUGACUCAGUUAGACGGCGUGGAAGGCUUACAAGGAGUUUACAUCCUAGCUGCUACUAGUCGCCCAGAUUUGAUCGACCCUGCUUUGUUAAGGCCAGGUCGACUGGAUAAGUGCCUGUACUGUCCACCUCCUGAUCAGAGUUCACGCAAUGAAAUCUUAAAAGCUCUCAGUCAUUCUCUGUGCUUGGCAAGCGAUGUGGACUUUGAGUAUUUGGCAGAAAAAACAGAUCAGUUCACAGGAGCUGACCUAAAAGCUUUAUUAUACAAUGCCCAGUUAGAGGCAAUACAUAAUAGUUUAGGCUCAGGUGUAACACAGGAUUUUGGUUCUAGUUCUGAUAGUGACUUCAGCCUGUCUUCCAUGGUUUUUCUAAACCACAGCAGUGGCUCAGAUGACUCAGCAGUAGAUGGAGAAGCAGUGCUAGAGCAAUCUCUUAUUUCUUUAGACAUGUCCGAGUUGCUUCCUGAAGACCCAAGGUCCAACAUGUAUCGUCUUUAUUUUGGAAGCUCUUAUGAAUCAGAACUAGGAAAUGGAACUCCUUCAGAACUGAGCUCUUUGUGUUUGUCUGGACCAAACUCCAUAAAUCACGAUUUUACCAGCAUGUCUCAAAGAGACACAGCAUCAUCACAGCUGUCAAUGCUUAGAACAACCUCUCAAGAAGACUCCCUGGAAAAUAAUCAGGAGCAGCAAACAGAGCACCUGAGGACAGAAAUCAGUGCUAUCAAAGCCAAUUACAGAAGCAAGAAUGGAGAGGACAGCACCUUUAAUCAGUCCAUGCUUGCCAAGAACACUGUGAUUAUUACUCAGUCCCAUCUGAUGACUGCACUUGAGGGUAUAAGACCAUCCAUUAGCCAAGAUGACUGGAAGAAUUUUACUGAACUGUAUGAGGAUUUUCAGAAUCCCAAGAAGAAAGGACAAGUUGGCCCAACAUACAGACCGGGACAAAAAAUGACUCUAGCUUAGUAACUUUUAAUAUGAUUGUAAUUACUAAACUGUAAAUGGAAAUUACAAAUGUGAGCUUGAUAUUUAAAUGAUUACAUCAGAUUAUUUAUAUUCAUAUGGAAGAAAAAUUUAUUUUCAGUUUACAUGCUGUAAAAUUAUUUCACGUUUUAUUUUGAAGAAAAUUGUCUUCCUGCAGAUUAAUAUUAAAUUUUUGAGAGAGCAUUUGUUACGUUAUGUCCAGUUGUUUAUCACAUAAGAUCACAUAAGAUUUUUAGUAUUGCUUUUUAUGAAUUAUAUGAUUACAAAAAAAUAAUAAUGAUUUCCCUGUUUAUUUCCUCAUAACAAUUACAUUCUGUUUGAAUAAACUGUAAUAUCUAAUGCCGGAAACGUUUUUAAAACAUUCUGUAAAGCUAUUCUCUAUCAGCCUUUGGACGGCUUAGAGAAGGGUUUCAGAUGUUUAUUGGUAGACAACUACUCUAAUACUUCCAGAACAAUUGUAGCCAUAAAAGAAAAAUAUUAAGACAAACCAAUAUAAUUUUAUCUUUGUCUUUUGCCACUGUUAAUUAUUCAGAGGAAUAUUAAGUUGCAUUUUGCAACUGUAUCUUCCCAACCCCAUCUUUUGUCCUUGGAGACCUCAGAAAUAUCUCUCAUGUUUGGAAGCUGUCUAAUCUUACAUCCUGACGUUAUUCACCGCUGUUUUCUUACAGUCAGGUUGUUCUUGAGUUGUCAUUCUCAGCUGAUAAGGAGGUGGACAGCAGGGGAAGGAAGCUUUCUUCCAGGAAGGGAAGAGAACUAGAGAUGUUUCCCAUGAGUCACUACGUUACAGUUUAUUUAAUUAAUUUAUGUGUGUAAUGCUCUGUCAAUAAUGGUAAGAACACAUAAUAUUGACCAUAUGAUUAUUCUUGUGACUGCUAUACUUGUUACUGCCACUUACUACUUGUAGUUCCAGUGUUCGGUGCCAGCAAAUAACCCGGAUAAUAUAUUACUUGUAUGCUUACUCUUACAUCCUGGUGCAGGUGAAGUCGUAGCCUUGGUACACUACAAGUCUUAGCUUGUAGCAGAUAAUACCCCUGAUCUUCUCAUCUAGCUAAGCUACUGCUUCUUACUCAUGCUCAACUCUUGCUUCAGUGGGUUUUGAAACUGAAAAUCCUUAUUGCAUUACUACAAAGUAGUAAUUUCUUUUCAGUACUACUAUGUCAUUAACACCGUACUUACUUUUAAAAGCUGGCUAUUUAUUUGCUUAAUAUUAGAGCCAUGUUCUAGAUUACCUCAGCCUUGAGUUCAUCUUUCCAAUAUAAUGGUGUCAUUCUUUUU